AUGAUGCUGGGUGGAGGAGGAAUGGACCCCGAUGCACAACGGCUGCACUCCGAUGUGGACAAAGGGGACGGGAAAGUGAAAUACGUGUUGUCCGGUGAGGGCGCCACCUCCAUUUUCACCAUCGACGAGAACACCGGAGACAUCCACGCCACGAAGCGGCUGGACCGAGAGGCCCAGGCCUACUACACGCUCCAAGCUCAAGCCGUUGACCGAAUCACCAACUUACCCGUGGAGCCCAAGUCAGAGUUCGUGGUCAAAGUGCAGGAUAUCAAUGACAACGAACCCAAGUUUCUGGAUGGACCAUACCUGGCAGGGGUGCCAGAGAUGUCCCCCCUGGGAACCAUGGUGGUACAAGUGGCGGCCACAGAUGCAGAUGACCCUACGUACGGGAACAGUGCCCGGGUGGUCUACAGCAUCAUCCACGGUCAGCCGUAUUUUUCAGUGGAGCCAAAAACAGCUCACGCCUGGACCAUAGCGUCGGCUGACUUUGACAAAGUACCCGGGCUGAAAUACACUCUGAGCUCCACGGUGCAAUACUGCGCUAGCGAUUAA